UCUCAGGCUACGCGUAUAGCACCUCCCCUUUCCCCUGCCUUCAUCUGGUCCACGGUGUGCGUUUCUAACGGGCUUUUCCCACACUCUCCAAGAUCAUGGCAGUACCGCCCACUUACGCUGACCUCGGCAAGUCUGCCAGGGACAUCUUCACCAAGGGAUACGGGUUCGGCCUUAUCAAGCUGGACUUGAAAACCAAGUCGGAAAAUGGACUGGAAUUCACCAGCUCGGGGUCGGCCAACACGGAAACCAGCAAAGUGAUGGGCAGCUUGGAGACCAAGUACAAGUGGGCGGAGCACGGGCUGACCUUCACGGAGAAGUGGAACACGGAUAACACCCUGGGCACUGAGAUCACCUUGGAGGACCAGUUGCUCAAAGGCCUGAAACUGACCUUCGAUUCCUCCUUCUCUCCGAACACCGGAAAGAAGAGCGGGAAGAUCAAGACGGCCUACAAGAGGGAGCACAUUAAUAUGGGCUGCGACGUGGACUACGACAUCAACGGGACUGCCCUGCACGGGGCCCUGGUGGUCGGCUACGAGGGCUGGCUGGCCGGCUACCAGACAACUUUCGAGGCUGGAAAGAACAGGGUGACCCAGAGCAACUUCGCCGUGGGAUACAAAACGGACGAGUUCCAGCUGCACACCAAUGUCAACGACGGCACGGAAUUCGGAGGCUCCAUCUACCAGAAGGUGAACGACAAGCUGGAGACGGCAGUGAACCUAGCCUGGACGGCGGGAAACAGCAACACCCGCUUCGGCAUCGCCGCUAAAUACCAGAUUGACGCGGAUGCCUCCUUUUCUGUCAAAGUCAAUAAUUCCAGUCUUGUGGGACUUGGUUACACUCAAACUCUGAAACCGGGUAUAAAGCUGACCCUCUCUGCCCUCCUGGAUGGGAAGAACAUCAAUGCCGGUGGACAUAAAUUGGGACUGGGCCUGGAAUUUGAGGCAUAGAAUAAUAUAGUGCUGCAAUAUCCUCCGAAUAUUUUAAUAGCUACAUUCUUCACCUUGUGUUUCCGUUAGGUGUACCAGGAUGGCAAGCCAGUGUUUUUUAAAUGUUAUGAUUUAGUUCAUUGUAGAAAGGGUGUUCAUGUCAGGAACGUAUCAUACAGCGCAGAAUUUGAGAUGAUUAUAUGAUUACACAGAAAAACACUAAUUGAGCUCGUUUUCUUAAAUUCGCGAUCAUUCCACGACAAGCGAGCGCUUAUUUAAUUUAUUUUCUCUUGUGGAAAAAGCUGGUCAAAAAAUAAAUGAGGGCGAUGUGAAACUGCUUGUAGAAUCUGUUGUCCACUAGAUGGGGCUGUUGCAUGCGUCACAGUGUUGGCCCUGGGUACCGGGGUUACGUUCUGCAUUUGGAAAAUGUGAUAUAUUGCCAUGAAUUAGGGAAAAAAAAUCAAGAACGACAUGAUGCGUUGAUUAGUUGUCGCUUUGCGUGUUGGUUUGGUCGCCCUACACUUAUGCAACAGUAAUUCUCCAAGGCACUAAAAGUUUGUGUGUUUCACUUUGUAUGUGUGGGUCUCGUCACAUUAUAAGUAGUUAAAAGUAUGUAUAUUUUACGGUGUCCUAUUCCUACCGUCUUCUCGUGGGCUAAAAGCAGAGCUCUGGGUAAUGGGGGUCAAGUUAAAAAGAAGAUUACCCCUUCACACGGCCUGCCGAUCCACAGAAAUGCUUCUGGUAGAAUAGGUACAUUUUCAUGGGAAAUGUCUUCCGUUCUUAAUUUCAAAACCGGAACAAACCCCUAUAUACUUGACUAUUGUUAUUCCCAUAAUAGUAAUAAAACAAUUACCUUGAUCUGA